AUGACCUCGACUUCGACUGUUCAUGAUGAUCAUCCACCUAUUCCGUUUUCUACUCCUACAAUAAUGAUCGAUCAGUCAGCGGCGCCCUUAGUUUUGGCGACAAAAGAUCAUACACCACUGAGAGAUCUCAAAAAACGCAUAAACAAGUCGACUAGGGCUUUGAAAAGACGCCACUUUGAUAAUCAAUUGAAGGAAUCAUGCGAUCAUCGAGCCAACGUGGGAGGCCUCUGUUUCGUUUGCGGUUGUAAACUUUCUUCUAAUUCAUCAGCAAUGACUACAUGCGUCGAAGAAAGGAUACAACUUAAAUAUGUGCUGGACGAUUUCUCUCUAACUAAGAAGGAGUUUUUCCUUUUCCGUUGCACUAAUUAUCGGACAAACCUCGUCGAAAAGAAGAAGCUUUCUCUCAUCCUAGAUCUCGACAAAACUUUAAUUCAUUCAAUCUCAUUCGAUAAUUUCUUAAAGGAAGACCAUACUAGGGACUCCGAAUCCCUCAAAGAAAAAGGAAUCGUUACUUUGAAGAAGAUGAAGAUCGUAACCAAGAUAAGACCAUUCGCGGCCUCAUUCUUAAAAAAAGUGAGUAAGUUGUUCGAGCUUUAUAUUUACACGUUGGGAAAUCAACAGUACGCAAAUGCCUUUGCAAAUUUGUUUGAUUGGGAUGAGGCUCUUUUCGAUUGGAGGGUUAUUUCGAGAGAGGACUGCACAACCAAAGGCGAGAAGAAUCUUGACGUCGUGCUCGGAGGAGAAGAGAAGGCAGUGGUGAUUGUGGACGACAAAGAAUCUGUUUGGCCUAAACAUAAAGAUAAUGUGUUACAAAUUAAACCUUUUUAUUAUUGGCAAAAGAGUUGGAAAAAGACCGAGUCAACGGAAAACUCCAUUAAUUACGUUAAUGGUGACGACGAGGAGUUGGUGAUUAUGUUGUCAACGCUAAAGAGACUUCAUAGAAAGUUCUUCGAUUGUGAGAGGAUUUAUAUUCAUGAGAAUGAUGUUAGGUACUUUGUGAAUCGUGCUAGAGUGUUUUACUUAAAUUCUGAAAGAAAGAAAAUUAACUAA